CCCGCCGGCGCGGCCCCCCGGCCGGCAGGAUGCUGCCCUCGCAGGAGGCCUCCAAGCUCUACCAUGACAACUACAUGCGGAACUCGCGCGCCAUCGGCGUGCUCUGGGCCAUCUUCACCAUCUGCUUCGCCAUCAUCAACGUGGUGGUCUUCAUCCAGCCCUACUGGGUGGGCGACAGCGUCAACACGCCCAAGCCCGGCUACUUCGGGCUCUUCCACUACUGCGUGGGCAGCGGGCUGGCGGGCCGCGAGCUCUCGUGCCGCGGCUCCUUCACCGACUUCAGCACCAUCCCCUCGGGCGCCUUCCAGGCCGCCGCCUUCUUCGUGCUGCUCUCCAUGGUGCUGAUCCUGGGCUGCAUCACCUGCUUCGCGCUCUUCUUCUUCUGCAACACCGCCACCGUCUACAAGAUCUGCGCCUGGAUGCAGCUGCUCGCAGCACUCUGCCUGGUGCUGGGCUGCAUGAUCUUCCCCGACGGCUGGGACGCAGAGACCAUCCGGGACAUGUGCGGGGAGAAGACGGGCAAGUACUCCCUGGGCGACUGCUCCGUGCGCUGGGCGUACAUCCUGGCCAUCAUCGGCAUCCUCAACGCCCUCAUCCUCUCCUUCCUGGCCUUCGUCCUCGGCAACCGGCAGAACGACCUGCUGCACGAGGAGCUCAAGACAGAGAGCAAAGAUUUUGUCGGCACUGCGCGGAUAUAGGGCUGAGCGGCCGCGGCAGGACCCCCGCCCCCCGCCCGGCGGCACAGGCGCCCCCUCCCCGUCCUGCCCGCCGCCGGCCCGGCCGCCCACCCGCUGCCUCCACGUCUGCGCGCCCGCCGGCACCGCCGCCCCAUGCACCCCGCCAGCUCCGCACCCCCCGCUGCCCGCGGGCUGCCGCCGCCGCCGCGCGAGGACGCCCCCGACCCGCUUCGUCCGCAAACAGCAUCCAACUGCGGUUUCGUUCGGAGGAAAAAAAACAUUCUCAGAGUUUUUAACAGAUUUCUACAUCCCCCGGACUCCAGAGCUGCCGCCUGUCGCCCGCCUGCCCGCCGCUGCCCCAGCACCCUCCCCGCUCCCAUUUUGUACAGCUCCGUGGUCCUGUCUCCACGCCGGGGCGCCCCGCGGCUGGCACGGGGCCGGCCUGUACUUUUACGUGUGAAUUCAUAUUCUCUAAACAGGGUAAAGUGACUUGAGCCCCCCCCGCCCUGUGCCGCCCGGGCAGCGGCCCCGGCACCUCGCAGCCGGGCCGCGUGCGGGGGCCGCUGGCGCCCGGCCGGGCCCCGGUAAGCGCCGAAAGCGCCGCCGCCGCCUUCCCUCCCCGAACGGUGCUUUAUCUCCGCCGGUGGCAGCCGGGCUCCCCGCGGCCUCCGGCCACGGCUCUGCUGGCCGCGGCGCCCGCAGCAGCAGCAGCCCUGGUGAUGCAAUAACGCCCGCGGUGCCGCGGCGAGCUGCGGGGGGCCGGGGGGCCGCGGCGCGGGGCGCCGGCCGGGGCUGGCCGCGGAGGCUCAG